AUGGGGGGAAAUGAUGGCCUCCAGUCGGCGGGGCCCCCUUGCGAGAGCCGGCGACUGGAACUCCGAUUCCCUCAGAAGAACACAGCAGACGGAGGCACGAGCGAUAGGGCAGCGGCGGCCGUGGGUUGGAGAGAAAAUCGCGAUCAGCGAGCGCGAAGCGGCGGGGCUUUGAACCCAAGCGCCAAGGGUAAACGCCCCCGUGGGGAGGGACGGGCCGGGUCUGAGGGGGGCGGGAAGCAAGACGAAGGUCCACCGGGCGCUGAAGAGGGCGCGGCAGAGAAGCUUAGGUUCGACCCGCUCCGGGCCCUGGAGUACCUCAAGUCCCUGCCCAUCUACGAGGACCAGGCGGUCUACUCCGAGACACUGCCGGGCAGGUCCGGGGAGUACGAGGACACGCUAAGGCCACUGCACCCGGAGUUGAAGGCGGCGCUGGAGCGUUCGAAGGGGGUGACGAGGCUGUUUAAGCACCAAGCCCUAGCCAUCGACGCCGCCGCGGCCGGGCGGCACGUGGCCCUGUCCACCGCCACGUCGUCGGGGAAGUCGGUGGUGUUCAACGUCUCCGUCAUCGACGCCAUCGUCGGCCCACGCCCGGACGCCGUCGCGCUGUACCUCUUUCCGACCAAGGCUCUCGCACAGGACCAGCUCAGGUCGUUGAAGGAACUAGUCGGUGCGUCGCCCUACCUCAGCCAGCGGGUCCGGCCGAUGACCCUGGACGGAGACACGCCUUUCAGAGAGCGAGGGGCGGUGGUGGAGGAGGCGAACAUAAUUCUCACCAACCCGGACAUGCUGCACGCCUCGGUGCUGCCCGGGCACAAGAAGUUCCGCCGCAUCCUGGGCAACCUGUCGCACGUCGUCAUCGACGAGGGCGCCAAGAAGGCGGCGGUAUCGGCGGGGGGGGCGGGGGGCGGGGGGGGGGGAGGGGAGGUAGGUCCAGGAGCGGCGGCAGCUGGAGGGGGACGGCAGGGCGAAGGGGAGCAAGCGGUGUCCGAUGCCGCCUCGCGAUCCCGCGGGGGGGCGGGGGGGAGCGCUUCGGGAGUUCCCGCCAAGGAGGGCGGCGUCGAGGACACCGGAGACGAGGAAAGUAACGGCGGCGGCGGCGGCGGAGGUGGGAGCGGCGCUGCAACCGGCAAGGCGGCGGGAGCAGCAGCAGCAGCAGCAGCUAAAGGGCGGACGCGCGGCAGCAAGAAGCGCGGGCGCGGGGAACAACGGGCUGGAGCGGCGGGGGGGGGCUCCCCGGAGUCCGCCGCUCUCCUCGAGGCUGGCAUAGUCGGGGAUAUGGCGGCGGUGGCCUCGGCGAUAGGCGACCCUAGUAGCGGCGGCAGCGGUGGGGAUGCAGGGACACCGGGGUCCAGAACAAGAACGCCGGGGAGCGGGGCGGCGGGAGGGGAAGGGGAAGAGGAAGGGGAAGGGGGGGGAGAAGGAGGGGGAGGGGGCGAGUGGGAGGACGGGCGGCGACGCAGCCCGAUCUGCGAGACGGCGCAGAUCCUAGCGGCUCUGGUGAAGCAGCGGGUCAAGACGCUGGCGUUCUGCCGCACUCGAAAGCUGACGGAGCUGACGCUGCGCUACGGGCACCAGGACUUGGGGAAAACCGCGCCGCAAAUGGUGCCGUUGGUGCAGGGAUACCGGGGCGGGUACACAAAGGACGAGCGACGGAAGAUCGAGGGCAGCCUUUUCGCCAACAAGCUCCUGGGCGUGACUGCCACCUGUGCCCUGGAGCUGGGGGUAGACAUCGGCGAGCUGGACGUAACGCUUCAUCUAGGGUUUCCAGGCAGUGUGUCGAGCCUGAGGCAGCAAGCGGGCCGGGCCGGCAGGGGCGGGAAGGACUCGCUGGCUAUCAUGGUCCUGUUUCAGGACCCCAUCUCUGAGUUCUUCGUGCGCAACCCGGCGGAGCUGCUGCACAAGGCGCCAGAGGCAGCCGUCCUCGACUCCAACAACGAGCUGGUGAUCGACACGCUGGCCGACGAUGGCGACGGCUUUCCCAGGAUCGGGCUGGCGCAUGAUCGACCCUGUCGCGUGGUGGACGACUCGAAGGGGGGCGAGCCGUACGACAGCGUGGAGUACAGCAGGUCCUUUUUCUCGCUGUUCCAGGGGGCCAUCUACCUGCACCAGGCGCGGCAGUACCUGGUGACGAGGCUGGAUCUCGGGGCGCACGUGGCGCACACCACCCCCGUGAAGGUGAACUACUACACCGCCGCGCGCAACAACGUGGAGGUCAACGUGACCAAGCGGCUGGAGGUCAGCGAGGACAAGCAUGCUCACACGGGCUGCGUGAAUGUUGUGUGCACCGUGUACGGCUUCGUGAAGAAGCAGAUGGGCACCGGGAGGGUCCUGGAGCGCGGGGAGUGCUCCCUCCCGCCUCUACAGUACGCCACCCGCGCCUUCUGGCUGGACGUGGGCGAGACGGCGAGGCGGAGAGUCGAAGAGGAGGGUCUGGACUUGGAGGGCGGGAUCCACGCGGUUGGGCACGCCCUCCUCGCCGUGGUGCCGCUCUUCCUCCUGUGCGACGCGGCCGACGUGGACUGCGAGCACGCCAGGCCCCACCACAGCCGCCCGCAGCCGCAGCGCAUCCUGGUGUUCGACAGGCGCCCGGGGGGCGUGGGGGUCUCGGACGCCAUGUUCGGCUGCCACAGAGGUGUGCUUAGCAAGGCCCUGGAGCUGGUGGAGGGCUGCCCCUGCCCCGACGGGUGCCUGGCGUGCAUUCACGACCACGGCUGCACUGGCUACAACGCGCGGAAAGCUGUGGACGCCGCGAGCCGAGGAGAAGGCCGUGGCGGUGGCGGCAGCAGCGGCAGCGGAGCGGGGGCGGGGGGAGAGGGGAUGGAAGAGGAAGAGGAAGAGGGAGGCGAGGUCGCGCCUAUCACGUCCCCGAGGAAGAAGCAGCGGCUGCGUAACCUGCGGCUGGCGAAGGGCAUGGAGCGGGCGCGGGAGAAGGACAUCGCUGUGGUCGGGUGCUGGAUCCCGUCGGUGCCGUGA